CCUAUUUCGUCUCACGUUUUGAACGUCAUCAACGUUGGUGGCGCACGUUGAACUUGGCCGGUGUUUUGCUGAAGUAGCUUGUUGUGUUCGUUUGCGUGUUUUUUCAUGGCAAAUGGAGCAAAUGAAGUCGUAUUUUCUCGUGGAGCUGGACAGAGUGAAGAUUCAGACAUCUGGGAUGACACUGCCUUGAUAAAAGCCUAUGAUAAAGCGGUUGCAUCAUUCAAGAACGCACUGAAAGGGGAGGAUGAAAUGGCUCCACCUAAAAAAGAGAAACCUGGAAAUAAACGAAAAAACAACAAAAAGAACAAAAGCAGAAAGAGAUGUAACGCAUCUCCUGACAGAGAGUGGAAAGUUGGAGACUCCUGUUAUGCGUUUUGGUCUGAGGAUGGAAACGUGUACGCUGCGACUAUUUCCUCAAUCGAUCUGGAUAAGGGCACCUGUGUUGUAUAUUACACUGACUAUGGUAAUGAGGAGGAGCAAAAUCUGAAGGACCUUCUGUCAGAUCUUGAAGAUUUGGAGGAGGAAACGAAAAAAACAGGAGAAAUGAAAGAGGCUGAGUCUUCAACAGAGGAGAGUGAUAGAUCUUCUACUCCACACCAGUCUAGUCAACAGAAACACAAACCUAAAGGCAAAGCUCCAAUGGGCCCCCCCAUGUGGGGUCCUGGCUUUCCACCUGGCCCCCCUUUUGGCCCUCACCUCGGAAUGUCUAACAGAAGAAGAGGGGAUCCUGGACCUGCCUUCCCUGGCUGGCCUCCAAUGAUUCCUCCUGGUCCACCGAUGAUCCCACCACCACCACCAAUGAGUCCAGAUAUGUUGCAGGAUGAUGAGGCCUUAGGCAGCAUGCUGAUUUCAUGGUACAUGAGUGGCUACCACACAGGAUACUACUUAGGCUUGAAACAAGGUCGCAAAGAGGCUGCGGCAAAGAAGUCUCAUCACAAAUGAAGUAGUUGGAAGUUCAUCUGGUUAGCAUUUACUUCCACUGUGUGUUGGGUGGGAAAAUCCAUGUUCCAUUUCAUGUUUUGUAUUCUUUGUACAUAAAUGAAUUAAAAGCCAUUAUGUUCUUUUUCA